AUGGGGGAGAAGUUGAUGGCUAUGGGGCUUGGGAGAGUAGGGGGGACGCGAGCAGUAUGUGGGAUAGGACGGCGAGCUGUAUUAAGGAAGCAGCUAGAGAUGUCUUGGGAGUCUCGAGAGGCCGUCGUGGUAGGCGACGAGGGGACUGGUGGUGGAAUGGAGAAGUCCAAGGAAAGGUGGAAGCAAAUAAAGUGGCGUACGCGAGAACUAGAGGACAAAGGCGGGGAUAAGAAGUUGUUCAGGCUAGCCAAGGUAAGGGAGAGAAAGGCACGGGACCUGGAUCGAGUAAAGUGCGUCAAGGACGAGGAUGGCAAGGUAUUGGUAGAUGAAGCUCUCAUUAGACGGAGAUGGCAGUCAUACUUCCAUAAACUCUUGAACGAGGAAGGUGAUAGAGACAUUGUGUUGGGAAAUUUGGAGUACUCUGAGAGGCGUCGUGACUUUGGGUAUUGUAGGAGUAUAAAAGUGGAGGAGGUUAAGGGUGUUGUUCGCAGGAUGCACAGGGGAAGAGCUACCGGUCCUGACGAGAUCCCUGGGGAGUUUUGGAAGAGUGCGGGCAGGGCAGGUUUGGAGUGGUUGACUGGAUUGUUUAAUGUUAUUUUUAAGACGGCGAAGAUGCCUGAGGAAUGGAGGUGGAGUAUGAUGGUUCCUUUGUAUAAGAACAAGGGUGAUAUUCAAAGUUGCAACAACUAUAGAGGGAUUAAGCUGCUAAGCCACACUAUGAAAGUAGUGGAUGAAAUGGAGGCUUGCUUCAGGAGUGCUGUGUGA